GUUUGGUUCAAGAAUCGCAGAGCCAAAUGGAGAAAGAGAGAAAGGAACCAGCAAGCCGAGCUUUGCAAAAACGGUUUCGGUCCACAGUUUAACGGCCUCAUGCAGCCCUACGAUGACAUGUACCCCGGCUACUCGUACAACAACUGGGCAGCCAAGGGCCUGACCUCCGCUUCCCUCUCCACCAAAAGCUUUCCUUUCUUCAACUCCAUGAAUGUCAACCCUCUGUCUUCUCAGAGCAUGUUCUCCCCUCCAAACUCCAUCUCCUCCAUGAGUAUGUCUUCAAGCAUGGUACCCUCUGCAGUCACCGGGGUCCCCGGCUCCAGCCUCAACAGCCUGAAUAACUUGAACAACUUGAGCAAUCCCUCCCUGAAUUCUGCAGUGCCAACACCAGCCUGUCCUUAUGCUCCUCCAACACCUCCGUAUGUUUAUAGGGACACAUGUAACUCGAGCUUGGCGAGUCUGAGACUUAAAGCCAAGCAGCACUCCAGUUUUGGCUAUGCCAGUGUGCAGAACCCCGCUUCCAACCUGAGUGCUUGCCAGUACGCGGUGGACAGACCCGUGUGAGACAACCAAAGACUGAGAAUUUCACUAGAAAGUAAUGGGCACUAGAGAGAAAGAGAAAGGAGGAAAACUCAGAGACAGAGAGAGAGAAAAAGAGAGAGAGAGAGAGAGGAAAAAAGAGGAAACCACUGAAAUAAGAUAGGUCCUUUGUUUUCAAAGGACCUCCUACAGAUUCUGAGAUCUUUCUUUCACUAAGAGUAUUUCAACAGUUACAAGGACAUAUAUAUAUAUAUAUAUGGACAAAUGUUUGAGUGGAUAUGAUAUGACAUUUUAAUGUUACUAUAAGCUUGUUAUUUUUUAAGUUUAGCAUUGUUAACAUAAAAAUGACUGAAAGGAUGUAUAUAUAUCGAAAUGUCAAAUUAAUUUUAUAAAAGCAGUUGUUAGUAAUAUCACAACAGUGUUUUUAAAAGGUUAGGCUUUAAAAUAAAGCAUGUUACACAGAAGCGAUUAGGAUUUUUUCGCUUGCAAGCAAGGGAAUGUAUAUACUAAAUGCGACACUGUAUGUUUCUAACAUAUAAUUAUUAAAAAAAAUUGUGUGAAUAUCAGUUUUAGAAUAGUACUUCUGGUGGAUGCAAUGAUGUUUCUGAUAUUGCAAUGUAAAACAUGCCCUGUGUAUAACAUUUCGUACAAUAUUAUUGUUUUACUUUUCAGCAAACAUGAAAAAAAAAUGUGUUUUAUUUCAUGG